AUGGAUACUGUUGAAAAAGAAUGGAAACCUCAACAGACAGAGGAUGAUGAACCAAGAAUCGGAAGUGAGAGAGACAAUAUGCAUGGAGAUGGAGAAAACAAUAACGAAGGUGAUUAAUUUGGACAAGAGACUAUGAUUAAGGAGUAAAAAUUCUAAGAAUAUGAUCAUGAUUUGGCAGAGGAUAUGAGUCCUGAUCGUAACGGUGGGGAUGAUGAUGGAGAAGGAGGAGACGGUGCAAAUAAUAACAAUAGAUAAGAGGAUGAAGAUCCAAUCUAAGAAAAGAUCGCUAAAAUCAUUCAAAUUUGCAAAGAAAAUGAUGCCCUUUUUGGUGAUUCAGAGUUUCCAGCUACAGAUCAAUCACUUUACAAGGAUCCCACAAACAUUCCAGACUAUGAUCAAAACAUGCCAUUAGUAGAAUGGAGACGUCCUCAAGAGAUUGCUCCUGAUGAACCAUUGAUGAUUAAAGAUGGAACAUCUCCAGGGGAUGUAAAGCAAGGAAAUCUUGGAGACUGUUGGUUAUUAGGAUCUUUCUUGAUCUUAUCUACUCAUCCAGAUCUCUUGCACAAUUUAAUUGUUCACGAUGGUAUCGAGUUUGGAUUCGCUGUUUUCUAAUUCUUCAAAAAUGGAAAAUGGCAAUAUGUGAUUGUUGAUACAAGAAUUCCAUACAAUCAAUCAUCUAAGACCCCUCUUUAUGGUCAUUGCGCUGAUCCAAAUGAAUUCUGGGUGCCACUACUUGAAAAGGCCUAUGCUAAGUUACACGGAAACUAUGAAGCAAUGAAUGGAGGUAGUAUGGCUGAAGCUCUAGUAGAUCUUACAGGAGGUGCCUCAGAUAAAUACAACUUGAGAGCUCCAGAGACUAAAGAAAAUAUUGAGAGCGGAUAAUUCUGGAAGGAUCUUAAGAAAUAAUUCCAAGCUGGUUACUUAAUAGGUUGUGCAAACUCAAUCAAAGAUGAUGGUGGCAAAUAAGAAGAUGGAAUGGGACCUACUGGUAUUCUGUUUAAUCAUGCAUAUGGUAUCUUAGAUGUUAGAGAUAUUGAUGGGCUAUAGCUUAUUAGAAUCAGAAAUCCUUGGGGUCAUGGAGAGUGGACUGGUAAAUUCGCUGAUGAAGAUGAAGCUUGGGAUGAUCAUAAAGGACUUAAGGAUAAACUCCAAUAUGUUUUCAAGGAUGAUGGUACAUGGUGGAUGAGAUAUGAGGAUUGGUGUGCUCACUAUAACAAAAUGUAUAUCUGCAAAAUAUUCCCAGUAGGAUGGUCACAAUUCUCAAUCACUGGAGAAUGGAAAGGAAACUCAGCUGGUGGUGCUUAUCCACCAAUGGUUGACAGAGAUGAGGAAAACAAAGCUGGUCAUGAGAAAUAAGACACUAAUGAUAGAUGGUUUAACAAUCCUCAAUAUAGAUUUACUGUUUUGAAGAAAACACAAGUAAUAAUUUCACUCAUGUAAGAAGAUGAAAAAAUCUCAAAGAGACCAUACAUACCUGUGAAUUUCUUAGUUGUUAGGGUGAAGAGCAAGAGAGAAAGACUAUGGGAAAUCGAUAAGGACGAUGUUGUUUUAGAAGCUGCUGAUGGAUUGCAAAGAUUUGCUCAAAGAGAAAUUACUAAGACUACUACUCUUUUGCCAGUUCAUGACAAGAAAAAUGUUCAUUAUGUGAUAGUUCCUAAUACCGAGGAUGGAGUCAAUAAAAAGGAGGAAGAGAGACCAUUCUUUUUGAGAAUAUUUGCAUCUGAACAUGUUGAAGUUGCCUAAUUACCUCCAACAAUUGAAUAAUAAUUCUAAGGAAAGUGGACUAAUACCACAGCUGGAGGUAAAAGAGUUACUGAGAGUGGAAAAGAGAAUCAGUUCUGGUGCAGAAAUCCUCAAUAUUUCUUAAACAUUACCAAGCCUACUCAUUUGAAACUUAUUUUGAAGAAAAAGGGAGGUAGAAGAGUUAGGGGAGUGCCUAUUGGUAUCAAUGUGGUGAAAGCCUUUCCACCAACUAACCCACCAGCUGCUAAAAUCAUUAAGCCUGGCAAGGACUAAGGCAAUAAUAGAAUGGCUUCAUCAAUUGGUAAAACUUCCACUUAUGCCGAAACAUUGAAAAAUAACAACAGCAAGGAGAAGGGCGAAAACAUACCACAAUUUGAACCACCUAAACUUGAAAACCUUGAAAGAAAAUUGCAAUUAUUGCCAGGAGAAUGGUACGAAGAGUCUUACUAUAGAUCAGAUGAUGUUGCAGCACUAUACUCGUACUAUCAACCAACCUAAGGUCCAUUUAUUAUUAUUCCAAGUAUGUCAAAAGAAGAAGUUACUGCUGAUUUCACUUUGACAAUCUUCAGUAGUCAGCCUGUCGAGGUUCAAAAACUUGAAGAUUCAAGAAACGCUGUUUUAUCUGGAAAAUGGUCCGAUAAAACCUCUGGUGGUUGCCAUUUAUAUGACAAGGAAUUUGAGUAGAAAGCUGACAAAUUUACAUGGACUAAUAAUCCUAAAUUCCAUAUGAGAUUCCAAACAGCUGAGCCAACCCAGGUCAAGAUUACUCUAAGCAGACCAGAGAAAGCAUGGAAGAAGCAAAUAGGUAUGAACCUUGUCGGAUGUAUGAUAGGUUUCUACGUAUAUCCUGGAAACUAGUAGCCAACUAAGGAAUGCCUAAUCAACAAAGCUACUUAGAAAUUCGUCCCAUGGAAUGAGGUAUCUGAUGAACUCACAUUAGAUGGAAAUCCAGAUGGUUACAUUGUAAUGCCAACAUGCUAUGAGCCAGGCAAAAUGGGUCCUUUUAUUAUCUCUGUCUCUACAGAUGUUGAAUUUACACUAACAUAGCUUGAUUGA